GAGAAUGAGAAAGGGAGAGAGGGGUGACAGGGAAGAUGGUAAGGUCUACUCUUUGAGAAACUGUGACACCCCUGAGGACAGAACGAUCUCAGUGUGUGUCUCAGAGUCCCCACAAAGGGCCCCCUAUAGGGGAAGUGGAGGGGGAAGGGAUUGGAUUUGUGAUGCCCCCCAAAGGGCCCAUAAGGAGGUGAAGAGGCAGGGGAGGGGAGGAGGACGAGGUGGGAGGAGCGAGAGGGGAGGAGGAAGGAGUGGGAGGGAAGGAGGAAGGGUCGGGAGGGAGACUGACAGGGAGGAAGACACCGGACAGAUAGUAUCUGAGAUUAAGGUAUGUAUGAGCAGUAGCAGCAGCUCAGAGACACAGGACUGCAGAGAGGCUGCUAUCAGGCCCAGACCACCAAGACCAAGGCCCAGGCCUAGAUCCGGGCCCAGUUCCAGCACCCCACAACCUCACCAGACACAAUCCCACACCCAGACCCGCCCAAAACAGGCCUACCAGACCCAGACCUACCUGACAGAGUGCCAUACUGGACCGACAAAAGCCCACCCAGCACAGAACCACCACCUAGAGGCUCAGAGCGACGCCCGAACGCAGCACAGCCAGGCCCAGCAGACACACACCCAGCCUCCCCAGAUCUGCCCAAAACAGGCCCAUCCGGCAAAGACUCACACCCACCCGACACAGGCCCAGACCCAGGCCCGACAGGUCCUGCCGACACAGGCCCAAAACCACAAGAGACAAGCACCCACCCAUCCGACACAGGCCCAGACACUGCAGCACCACAGAGAAGGUUCCACCAGGCCCACCUUUGACUGCCCUCCCACUCACCAGACCCAGAUCCAGCAGACUCAGCAUCGCAGAGAGAGUCUCAGCACUGAGCCUACACACAGCCAGGAGAGCCAGGCCCAGACCCAGCAGUCAGAGGCCCAGACCCAAGCCUGGCAAAUUCAGGAUCGGAGAGGGAGUCCCAUCACUUCUGACCCCCCUCCCGCCCACCAGACCCAGGCCCAGAACCAUCCUCAGCAGCAAGAGGCCUGGCAGACCAUGCAACACCAUAGAGAGAGCCUUACCAGCCCCAGGCCCGACUCUGACUCCCCACCCAGUAAAGCCCAAAAUGACCAGUUUCAGUCCCAGCAGCACUACAGAGAUAGUCUCCCCAGGUCCCGGCCCACUUCUGCCUCCCCUCCCAGCCACAAGACCCUAAUACAGGACCACACUCCCCACACCCGACAGACACCGCAUCAUCGCAGAGAGAGUACCACCAGUCCCAGGCCCCCCUCUGACUCCCCUCCCCUCCAGGAGAGCCACCAGGCCCACAUCCAGGCCCACUCUUUUCAGACCGAGAGCCAGGGCAGACAGACCCAGCAGCAUUGCAGAGAGAACACCACCAGCCCCAGCCCAAGGCCUACUUCUAACUCCACUCCUAGCCUGGAGAGCCAUCCAAGGGCUGUCAAUGUAUCACCAGCUUCACAUCAGAACACCGAGCCACAGAGGGAGUCCCCAGAGGAGAGACAGACAAGGACACAGACACAGAUGCCUCACGAUGUCCCAGAGCAGCAGCCUGGCAGGCCCCAGUGCCCAGAGCCCCGGGCCCUACAGAAGGACAGCAACAACACACCUCAGCCUGAACCAACACAGAACAACGCCUCGUUCCCCAGCUUCGUGGAUGUCCCAGGUCCGUGUGAGCCGGAGGACCUGAUCGAUGGGAUCAUCUUUGCUGCUAACUACCUUGGUUCCACACAGCUGCUGUCUGACAAGAACCCAUCUAAAGGAACACGCAUGGCCCAGGCGCAGGAGGCUGUCAGCCAGGUCAAGAGCCAAGAUGAAGACUCUCAGAUGGUGACAGAAGUUGACCUCUUCAUCUCCACCAAAGCAGUCAAAGUGCUGAAUGCUGACACACAGGAGACGCUGAUGGACAGUGCGCUGCGUUCCAUAUCCUACAUCGCAGACAUCGGGAGCAUCGUGGUUCUGAUGGCUCGUACCCGUAUGGCAGGAACAUCCUCACAGGACUGUAGUGAAGCUGAUCUCUCCUCCUCAGAGGGACAGAGACACUACAGAAUGAUCUGCUAUGUCUUUGAGUCAGAAGACGCCCAGCUCAUUGCCCAGUCCAUCGGACAGGCAUUCAGCGUUGCCUACAGGGAGUUCCUCCGAGCCAAUGGGAUCAAUCCUAAGGACCUGAGUCAGAAGCAAUACAGUGACAUCAUCAAUUCCCAGGAAAUGUACAAUGACGACCUGGUCCAUUUCUCAAACUCUGACAACUGUAAAGAGCUGGAGUUGGAGAAGCAGAAGGGUGAGAGCCUAGGUGUGGUGAUAGUGGAGUCUGGCUGGGGCUCCAUCCUGCCUACGGUGAUCCUAGCUAACAUGUUGAACAGCGGCCCAGCUGCCCGCUCUGGGAAGCUCAACGUGGGAGACCAGAUCAUGUCCAUCAACAACACCAGCCUGGUAGGGCUACCACUAGCUACCUGCCAGGGUAUCAUCAAGGGUCUGAAGAGCCAGGUUCAGGUGAAGCUGAGCAUCGUGAGUUGUCCUCCUGUCACCACUGUCCUCAUCAAGAGACCCGACCUCAAGUUCCAGCUGGGCUUCAGUGUUCAGAACGGCAUCAUCUGCAGUCUGAUGCGCGGCGGUAUCGCAGAGCGAGGAGGGGUGCGAGUCGGCCACAGGAUCAUUGAGAUCAAUGGGCAGAGUGUGGUUGCCAUGCCGCAUGAGAAGAUAGUCCAGACCCUGUCUGUAUCAGUGGGAGAGAUCAACAUGAAGACCAUGCCUGCAGUGAUGUUCAGACUGUUAACAGGACAGGAGACUCCUGUUUACAUCUAGUCUCUCCAUGCCUGCUCCCUCAAUGGCACCCUUUUUCCUGUGUAGUGCACUACUUCUAACCAUGGCCCAUAUGGCUGUAGGUUCACUAUGUGAGGAAUAGGGUGGCAUUUGGUACUCGUACUCUCUCACUGCUUCUGCAUGUCUAGGAGAAAGAUGGUGGACAGACAGGAUGGGUGACAGGCAGAGGAGGCUGGUAUUCCAGCCAUUCCAAUGAGCCUGUCCUCCGGUUUAUAGUGACACCAGCCUCCACUGGUGACAGGGUGGUGGUACAUUAGCAACAUUUAUUUUUUUAUAUAUCAUUUUAUUUUGGGGGGUAAUAUGUUACUAUGCUGAAAAUUUCAACAACAACAAAAAUUCAACUUCAGGCUUAGUUGGAGUAGCCUGGAUAACACAUUGUUUGGCGAUGACGCGUAGUACAAUGUUAGCUAAACAGACUGGUACCAGGCUAUAAUUGAACAGCUACACGGUCAUAAUGGUUUGAUGUGUACAGUGUGUGUGUGUGUGAAUACGUGUGAAUACUGUUAAAAUAACUGUAAAUGCAAGGUAAAUUAUUAUGUUCUUAUGACUAGAUUGCAAACGCGCCACAUUUUAUUUCCAAUUUAAUAACAUGCCAGAUUAAACAAUGUAGUGACAUAAAUGUGUUGAUACGGUAACUGAACUUAUUGUAGGGAAGGGGUUGGUCUGUCGUUAUUCUUCAAUAGCAGGGAUAUUUAAGCUACAUCCCGUGUAUACCUAUACAGCAUAAGACAAAGCUAUUCUUCAAUAGCAGGGGUAUUUAAGCUACGUCCCGUGUAUACCUAAACAGCAUAGGACAAGGCUAUUCUUCAAUAGCAGGGGUAUUUAAGCUAUGUCCCGUGCAUACCUAAACAGCAUAGGACAAGGCUAUUCUUCAAUAGCAGGGGUAUUUAAGCUAUGUCCCAUGUAUACCUAAACAGCAUAGGACAAGGCUAUUCUUCAAUAGCAGGGGUAUUUAAGCUACGUCCUGUGCAUACCUAAACAGCAUAGGACAAGGCUAUUCUUCAAUAGCAGGGGUAUUUAAGCUAUGUCCCGUGUAUACCUAAACAGCAUAAGACAAGGCUAUUCUUCAAUAGCAGGGCUAUUGUUGCCUGGUCUGUCAUUGGAGCCUGCCGUGCCAAUGCAUAACUACUACCUUAGGAGUUGGUAAGACAACAACACAGACCGAUCUGGGGACCAGGCUAGGGGAGGGGGGGGUAUUGAGCAACAGAAAACAGUUCCAAUGUCUAGUUUUGAUUUACAUUUGGUUGAGUUUGUCAAAUAAUGUGAAUUCAACGUGAAAUCAACAACGACAACAACAACAACAACAUUUCACCAUGUCAUUGGAUUUAUCUUACAUUUUUUGGGGGAGGGGUUGAAGUGUCGUGGAAACAUCGAUUCAACACGUGUUUUUUUUGUCCGGUGGGUAUUCCCCUAGAUAGUGCACUAGUUUUGACCAUGCGAGGCCCAUAGGGCUCUAAUCAAAAGUAGUGCACUAUGUAGGGAAUAGGGUACCCUUUGGAAUUACAAACCAGUGUCUGGAAGCUGUCCUUUUCUCUCUAUACUGCCUUGGAUGUAACAAAGGUUUCAAUAUAACAUUAUGGCAAUGCUGAAAGCCAAAGAUAAUACUGCGACAUGUAUUCUUUAAAAAAAAAAAUGAACGAGUGCACUAUUAAGGAUAUAGGGGGGGAGGGGCAUUUUGGAAUGCAGAGCAGGUAUAAUGAGAAUGUAUAAACUUGUUUAGUUGAUGUAUUGUGAGAAGCUAAGAAUAUACUGUGAUUAAUGAAAUGUUAAUGACAAUGCUUAAUAUUGCUUUCCAAAUACGUUACAAAAAAAUUACAAAUAAAAGGGAUUUAUGACAUGCAAUGAUGAAAAUAAAGUAAGUACAUGAAAGUCAAGUGGUUCAUGAGGUUGAGGACAACGGCUAAGUGCCAGAUGGCACCCUAUUCCCAUAGGGCUCUGGUCUAAAGUAGUGCACUAUAUAGGGAAUAGGGCUCUGGUUUUUAGUAGUGCCCUGUGUAGGGAAUAGGGCUCUGGUCUAAAGUAGUGCACUAUAUAGGGAAUAGGGCUCUGGUCUAAAGUAGUGCCCUGUGUAGGGAAUAGGGCUCUGGUCUAAAGUAGUGCACUAUAUAGGGAAUAGGGCUCUGGUCUAAAGUAGUGCCCUAAAUAGGGAAUAGGGCUCUGGUCUAAAGUAGUGCACUAUAUAGGGAAUAGGGCCCUGGUCUAAAGUAGUGCACUAUAUAUAGGGAAUAGGGCUCUGGUCUAAAGUAGUGCCCUAUAUAUAGGGAAUAGGGCUCUGGUCUAAAGUAGUGCCCUAUGUAGGGAAUAGGGCUCUGGUCUAAAGUAGUGCACUAUAUAGGGAAUAGGGCUCUGGUCUAAAGUAGUGCCCUAUAUAGGGAAUAGGGCUCUGGUCUAAAGUAGUGCCCUCUAUAGGGAAUAGGGCUCUGGUCUAAAGUAGUGCCCUAUGUAGGGAAUAUGGUUCUGUAGGGCUUUGGUCUAAAGUAGUGCACUAUAUAGGGAACAGGGCUCUGGUCAAAAGUAGUAACCUAUAUAGGGAAUAGGGUUCUGUAGGGCUCUGGUCUAAAGUAGUGCCCUAUAUAGGGAAUAGGGCUCUGGUCUGAAGUAGUGCACUAUAUAGGGAAUAGGGCUCUGGUCUAAAGUAGUGCACUAAAUAGGGAAUAGGGCUCUGUAGGGCUCUGGUCUAAAGUAGUGCCCUAUAUAGGGAAUAGGGUGCCAUUUGGGACACAGACGACUUGUUCGUUCACUACACAAUGCUAUGUUCAUUACACAAGAAGCAGAUCAUCAAUGACUUGAAUACCUGACUCAACGAUGUCCAUUAAAAGUAUGUGAA